UCAUUGCUGCCUGCAUUUGCCCUUUUUACUUCCCAACAAACAUAAACAUAAACCCCUUUUAGUUCCAUCCUGCUCAUCAUCUACAAGUCUUCAGACACCACUACUGCUCAAGCUAAUUUGUUCAUUAAUUUGGCUUUAGAUGGCUUCUGUAUCGUCAGCUACUUGUCUUAGUUUUAGGACAUCGAUUGGACUCCCUGUCCGGAUCCACAACCAGAAAAUCAGCAAGGGUUUAGUAGUGGUGUCAUUAGGCUGGACGAAAACCAGAAAUUUCCCUUCUUCCAGAACGUCUCGUCUCCAAAUUUGUGCCGCAAAGGCAGAGACAGUGGAGAAAGUGAGUGAAAUAGUGAGGAAGCAGUUGGCUCUGUCUCCCGAGACUCAACUCACCCCUCAGACUAAAUUCUCUGAACUUGGCGCUGAUUCCCUUGACACUGUAGAGAUAGUCAUGGGGCUGGAGGAAGAAUUCAACAUCAAUGUGGAAGAAGAGAACUCCGAGAACAUAACUACUAUUCAAGAAGCAGCUGAUUUGAUCGAAAAACUCGUUGAGAAAAAAAAUUAAUUUUAGAUUGGCGUAAAGAAAAAUUAGGCAUUUGAGCUUUAUAAUGUGAGGAUAGUGUGAUUUUAUUUUAUUUUUUCCUAGAAAAACCUUAAAUAGGUUUAUUUAUUAGAUGAAAUAUUCAUUUA